AUGUCAACUUUGAUGUUGGUGUCUCUAAUGAUGAUAAUGAUUUUGAUGCUGAUGGUGGACAGGCAUGUAGAAAGUAUUUUCCUCCAAGCCUUGGAUGAGGAGAACAACUUGGUCAAAGCGGUUGCCACAAUUUUACACACGAAACAAUCCCUGAACUAUCUGAAUUUCGACAUUUCUCCAACUAACGAGGCGUUCCGAAAAAAUAUAGAGAAAUUGCUGAAGCAUUCACAUGGAUGGAAAGUGACAACUACUCCACUACUGGCCGAAUGUCUCGGUGAAAAUGUGCUAUCCACUGUAAAGAGUAAACCUCCAACAAAAAACUUACAUUCUUCUGGGAGGAAACAACCUUGUGGUUCUCUGGAACGGCGUACGGAACGUGGCUUGGGCUUCCGUUGUCGUGACAAACCACACACAUUAACUUUGAAAGAAACUUAUUUGGAGAAACUGACGGAUGAGUGCCAACGUAGAAGGGUACAUGUCCCUAUUCCUGGGCGAAGCUUUGCUCGGUCUGAUGAGACGGAGGAUGAUGCUGAUGCGGAUAACUCCGGCUUCCUAAGUAAUCACUCUCUGAGGCGAACCCCGUUUUCCAACCAGAACAGAAAAAUUCCCAGUCUUUCCUCGUGGUCCUGCUCCCCCGAACAUUCUGCUCGUAAGCUUAAUCUCCCUUGGCCCAGACCGAAUGCAGAUCUCUUGGAUAAGCCACCAAAUUUAUUGACUCCUUCUGAGCGUUUGACUGCUCGCUCUCCGGCUGCCAACUGCCGAAAACCGUCACGAAUUAAACUCCUAGAUUUUGAUGAACUUCCAGCUUUUGGUCCAAAAGCAAAGCAACUGAGGAAAGAACAAAUGGAGAAGGAGCGAGAACUCAAACGUCAAGAACGCGAGGAGCGCAUCAAAGAACAAAAAGCCGCCCGACAAGCUGCUAAAAUCGCCCGUUUAUCCGAGAAACAAAAUCUCAUGGAAGCUCGAGAACAACCUGCAUCUGCAAGUUGGACUGAUGUAGCUCUUGCUCCCAUAUCGGUUGCACCCAACUCAGGGACACAGAAUUCCGAGGUGGAUCCUACGUAUAAUAAAGGAAACGGGGUCAUCUCAAGCUUGCGCGACAAUUCAACAUUCCGUCCAAGCUGUACCACAACUGACCGACUGGCGGAUGUCUCCCGUCCAUCAAGCUUUGUGAAUUCGGUACCAGCUACUGCAGGAAGUAACUUACUCCUUUCUGGCAGGCCCAACAAUACUAGUUUGAUGGUCCGACACCCUCUCUUAUCCGUUUCCUCGGGGAUGAAUGUUGUUCAAGGUGUCGUAGAUGACGAUGAUGACGAUGACGAUGAUAACGACGGUCUUAUGAUGCAGGAUAUGAGUUCGGGCACUUAUCAGCUGGCCCGCAUUUCUCUGUACGGAUCCAACUUGUCUGAAGUUCCACCGGCUCAGACCAGUUAUUCCACAGUUUAUGCUCCCUGUUCGGUGAUGUCUACGGCGAACGCCUCCUAUUCACCUUAUGAGCUUUGCGAAAUUCCAGCGUCGCAGACAAUCGCUCCAUCCUUUACCACAAGUUUACCGUCAACUGGUCUACCCACCAGCGGUCAGGGCAUGCGGGCCGGUAUUCCUACACCUCGCACUAUCUUCACACAAGCCUGCGUUCCGGGAACAAUUCGGUUCAUAUCUGGCACUCACGCCGGUCCUCAAAUUCGAUUUGUACAACCAGUUCAUACGAGAGCAGGUGCUCCAAAUCGUCCUCCCAGCAGUUCCAUUGGGACUACUACGUUGACUACAUUGCAGCCAGCGCCUGGGUCCGGAUCAAGCACCACUACUCUCCGCGCGGUAACCUAUCCAGCAGCAUCUGCAUCAAUAGACAGUCAACCACGGCUAAUUCAACCCAUAAGGGUUGUUGUACCAUCAGGCGCACUCUCAUCGAGGCCUGCUACAGCAACCACUAGGCUUGUUGCAACAAUGUCGCCGGGAACCAACACUGGCCUGAUCCGGAUCGCUCCACGACCCACACCUGUGGUCCGUUUGGCUUCUGCAAACAACGUCGUGGGACUCCGACCUCGUCAACCACAGCAGCCUGUUCCCAUUUCCCCGGCUCCUUCACAGAACCAACCAGUUUCGGUGCAAAUGGCACCCGCUCAAUUUCAACAGGUACAACCAACUUCUCUGUCCUCCAACGAUCCUCGAAUGACAAAUACUGCUUGGAUGGUGGAUGGCCGACAGGUCAUCUUAGCUCCUGUGGUGGGUAUGACCGGUCCACAAUCACCCCCAACAGGAACUAUGCUUUCUCCUAAGCCCGUGAUUCAGUCGCCUCCAUCUGGUUAUAUUCAAAUUAUGCCCCGUCCGGCUGGUGCGACUCCUGUGUCAUUUACGUCGACACCUGGGCAGCAACAGCAGACUUUGAGUAUCGUUCAUUCCGAACCCCAAGGUACUCAAAACACCACAUUAUAUACUGGCGCACAAGAACCAAUGGUGCAGUCGGACGGGCGUCUUGUUGUCCCGUGUUCACAACCUACCAACACUCUGGCCUCAUCGCAAUUCCAAUCCAAUCUAGUAGUUACAAGUGGUCAAUCUGCCGUCAAGAUACAAGAUGACCUUCGCCUAACCGAGGCGCAACUUAGUUCCGUUCAGAGUCUAUUCCAAGGCGCGAAUCGUGUAUCCAGACCUGAGAAGGCCAUGAUCGUUUCUUUUAUAGCGGGAGCACGGGGAAAUCCGCACCCGGAAACCGGGAACACCCUACGUAUUCACCUCAGCGAGUACAGAGAGCGAGUGUUAAACCAAGCCACCGGCCAGUUAAUGGAUGUGGCUGCUGACACCUAUCUGCACAUGGACUAUUCCACAGAUGGUUUUGUCGGUCCGUUGACCAGAGCCGAGUAUGAGCAGUUGCAUGUACGCACUGACAAACCUGACCUGUUAGCCGAGGUAAAUGCCGAAGCAAACGAGCAGGCUGAAUUCGAACGAACAGAUGAACGUGAGGCAACUCAAGCUGCCCGCGAAGCUUGGGCACCUAUUCAACCACCCUACAUAGACGCACAUUUCUCCAUAUGGUCUCUGUCUUCCGCAGUCAGUUAUAGUCAGCUCUACCUGGGCGGCAAGAUGCCUCCACCACCAAGUGCCCCUUGGGGUCAAAGGCUGCAGCGAGAUUUCACUCUUGAUGAUUACGAGGAAGAAAUGGACUACAUGCGGGCUCGAGCAGAAGCUGAGUUAAAGUACGAGAUUGGAGAACUUUCACCUGUGAGGUAUGCGGUACACGUUCAGGUCGCUUCCACAUAUUCGGAGAGCUUAAUGGUUUCUGCGAUGGCCGAAGAAUAUCUGUGCAUUGCUGGAUACGUCAGCUGGUGUGAUUUAUCCGACCCCAGUUUAAACCAGCAUCUUCAGCGGAUGAAUUCAGAUCCACUGCUUGUUGGUUUACGGUACGAUGUCAGCGAUAUCGAGGGCGACUACUUAUUAGAUUCUAUGGCCCUUCACGCGCACUACUUGUUGGUGAUCCAUGUUCUAUUUGGAUAUUUUUUGGAUGACUAUACUGUACUUGUCACGCUUCAUAUUCAAUUAGAUUGUCCCCACAUCAGUAUGUCCUUCCUGAUACUCACCUACCUAUUUUGGACAGCGUUCAAUCUGGCCUCUUCCAGUUGGCGAGCCGACCUGGAAUUUCUCAGCCGUUAUCCAAAUGUUUAUUGUAAAGUCACGGGAGCUACUGGACGCGUGGUCAAUCCAUCAAAACCAGAUGACUCGGCUGACGAGUGGUGCGCAUUAGCUGCACUUUCUCAUGCUGUCAGCUGCUUCGGCCCCGAUCGUUGUAUAUUUGGUUCCGGAUGGCCAAUUUGUCGCCUAAUGGGAUCGGAUCAGACAGGUUGGUCGGAACAGGGUAUCCUAGCUCAGUCUCGUGAAUGCGGUGAAGUGCCCGGAGAAGUGUCUGCAAAGCGGGCUCGUCGUUCUGUUCCGUUAUCAGUGUUGAAUAUGUGGGAGGCUGCCAGACUGGUGGAGUAUGCGAUGGGAGAUGCUGGUUACGGUGCAGUUGAAGACAAACACAAGGUGUUUGCCAUGAACGCACGGUCUGUGUACAGCCUUACAAUCCGUCCAUAUGGGUCAUGCCCAAGACAAGCACGAUAG